ACACACACACACACACACACACACACACACAUACUGACAGAGGCUAACUGCUAACACACACACACACACACAGAUGGGUGGAGGGAGGCUGAUGCUGCUAACACGCACGCGCACACACACACACACACUGAGCUACAGUGAAGCUAACUGCUGUUAGCAUGCUGAAGAAACAAGGCUAACAUUCUCACACACACACACACACAGCAAUGCAGUGUCGGGGGCUUCCUAUUGGACGAUGGACUUAAACCUUUGAUAGACAGCUCACUGGGCCGGGGCGGAGCCUGCAGGUUGAGGCGGUGAUGUCAAAGCGAGGAGGGGGGCGGGGAAAGGGGGAGCGACCAGACGCCAUGGCAACCCUUCAAGCAGCCAAUGAGGAGCUGAGAGCCAAACUGACAGACAUUCAGAUUGAACUGCAACACGAGAAGAACAAGGUGAGUCGUCUGGAGCGGGAGAAGAGUCAGGAGCUGAAGGCGGAGCAUCACCGGGCGACAGUGGCUCUGACGGAGCUGAAGACUAAACUCCACGAGGAGAAGCAGAAGGAGUUGGCCGUUACCAGGGAGACGUUACUACGGCAACACGAGAUGGAGUUGAUGCGGGUGAUUAAGAUCAAAGACGGAGAGAUUCAGCGUCUCAACGGACUCGUCCUGACGCUGAGGGACACGUCCACGGACAAGGUGAGGAGCGCUCUGCUGGCUGAGGCGGAGGAAGCGAGGCGGGGCUGGGAGGCGGAGCGUUGUCGCCUCCAGCAGGAAGUCCAGGAGCUGCGUAAGUCCAAGCGCUCGCUGGAAGACGCUCUGACAUCAUCACAGCAGGCGGGUCAGGCCCGAGCAGCCGAGCUCCGCUCCGCUCAUCAUCACCACCAGGAGGCGCUAAACCGCACCAAGAGAGACUGUGAGAGGGAGGUCCGCCGCCUGAUGGAUGAGAUUAAGUUAAAGGACAGAGCGGUCAGUGUUUUGGACAAAGCUCUGGGGCUGCAGGCUGGCCACGCCCACCGCCUCCAGCUGCAGACUCAGGCGGCCGAGCAGCAAAUCGCAGUGCUGAGAGAUGCCCAGAGGGCGGGCACUAACCACACAACUAACUCCACCCCUAACACUACUCCUCACAUUUCUCAGGAGGAUCGUGACACUCGCAGGUUUCAGUUAAAAAUCGCUGAGCUCAGCUCUGUCGUCAGGAAACUGGAGGAUCGAAACGCUCUGUUGUCUGAAGAACGCAACGAACUGCUGAAGCGUCUCCGUGAGGCAGAGAGUCAGUUUCUUCCUCUUCUGGACAAAAACAAACGUCUAAGCAGGAAGAACGAGGAGCUCGCCCUUGCUCUGCGUCGCCUUGACAACAAGCUUCGCUUCGUCACGCAGGAGAACCUGGAGAUGGUAACUAUGAGGAGGCCGAGUUCGCUUAAUGACCUGGACCGUCGUCACUCCAGUGGUUACCAUGGUUUCAGUCAGGAGGAGGGAGAGAUGGAGUUUCUACGGUUACAGGUGCUGGAGCAACAACACAUCAUCGAAGACCUGUCCAAGGCUCUGGAAACAGCAGGUUACGUGAAGAACGUCAUCGAGCGAGACAUGCUGCUCAGAUACAGACGUCAGGAGACAGUGAGGAGGAAGAGGAGCUUCAGAGCCUGUAGAGUCAUAGAGACGUUCUAUGGUUAUGAUGAAGAAGCAUCAGUCGACUCUGAUGCUUCAUCUUUGUCUUUUCACACCGACAGAACUCCAGACACUGAACCAGAGGAGGGGUGUGUGCGUGAGGAGGCGGAGCUCCGUUACCGUCAGCUGACUCAGGAGUAUCAGGCGUUGCAGCGAGCGUACGCUCUGCUGACGGAGACGUACGGAGGAAACUACGACGCAGAGAAGGAGAUCAAGACCAGAGAACAGCUGCUGAGUGAGAUCAGCAGAUAUCAAACCAGAGUCACUGAUCUGGAGUCAGCUCUGAAACAACAGGGACUGGACGUGCAGUGGGUGGAGGAGAAACAGUGUUUAUAUCAGAGGAAUCAGGAACUGUUUGAAAAGCUGCGUCAGAUGGAAUCUGACGAGCUGCGACUGAAGAACGACAUUCAGGACAUCAGAGAUCAGAACGAGCUGCUGGAGUUCAGGAUCUUAGAGCUGGAGGAGCGGGAGCGACGCUCACCUGGAAUCAACUUCCAACAGCUGUGUUUCCCAGAAGGCCUCAGUCCUCUGCAAGUGUACUGUGAGGCAGAGGGCGUCACUGAGAUCGUGAUCAGUGAGUUGAUGAAGAAGCUGGACAUUCUGGGAGAUAACGCCGUAAGUAAUCUGUCCAACGACGAGCAGGUGGUGGUGAUUCACGCCAGGACUGUCCUCGCCAUGGCAGAGAAGUGGCUGGAGUCCAUUGAAGUGACCAAAUCGUCUCUGCAGCAGAAAAUGUUGGACAUCGAGAGUGAGAAGGAUCUGUUCCGUAAACAGAAAGGUUACCUGGACGAGGAGCUGGACUACAGGAAGCAGUCCAUGGAUCAGGCUCACAAGAGGAUUCUGGAGCUGGAGGCCAUGUUGUUUGAGGCUCUGCAGCAGGAGGCGGAGUCUAGGAUGGCAGGAUUCAAAGCGGAGGAGCGGCGCCUCUGCGAAACGCUGUCGGAGGAGGAGAGAGAGGAGCUACGGCGAGCCAUGGACCAAUGGAAACGAAGCGUGAUGUGCGAGCUGAGAGAAAGAGACGUCCAGAUCCUCCGAGAGAGGAUGGAGCUGCUGCAACUCACACAGCAGAGAAACAAGGAGCUGGAGGAGUUUAUAGAAACACAGAAACGACAGAUCAAAGAGCUGGAGGAGAAGUUCCUCUUCCUCUUUCUCUUCUUCUCUCUGGCCUUCAUCCUGUGGUCGUAAAAACAGCAGUGUCUUCAGGCUUCCACAGGGGGGCGUGUCCAGAGGACCAGCUCACUGGCUUCACUGCCCCACUCAGCAGCCAAUCAGAGCAGAGCGCAGCUGUCAGCUGGCUCGCCACAGUGCCGCCGCUCCGGAUGGAGGGGUCGACCAAGGAGGAGGAGCUUCCGAGGCGAGGCGCUAACGAGCUUAACGAGCUUCCUGUCAGGGUUUGUUUGAACAGUGAGCGCGUGCUCUCAGUGUUCACUGACUGUGACAUCACAGGUGACAUCACUGAUGACAUCACUGUGACACACCAGACUGGUUCAGUUGAAUGAAACUUUGUUCUGAUUGGCUGUCGCACCUGCAGUCAGUGUGUGUGUGUGUGUGUGUGUGUGUGUGUGUGUGUGCUCACAGUGAUGAAGAAAGUAGGUCAGAGCUUCACAAACAUGACUGGAGGAUUUUACAGAACUGAACUGAAGAUUAUAUUGUAUUAAAUGAUAAUGUAUUAUAUAAAAUGAUAUAAAAUGAUAUUAUAUGAUAUGAAAUGAUUGUCAUGUAUCUAAUGAGUUGUUUUUGAAGUGUUCAUGUGUUAAAUCAUUAUUUUUAAACCAUAUUGGUUUUUUGUCUUUUUAAUCAUUGAAGUUAUUUGAAGUUUCAUGUUUUUUUUCCAUGAAUGAUUCGAUUUUAAACUUUUGAGGUGAAACUAUCAAAACGUGGUCGUCAACGGCAACGAAAACAAACAACAACAAAACGUCACUUUUCAGAUUCCACAGGAUAUUUUUGUAUCUGCACUGUGAGUCUGAACAUGUGACGAGUCUGACUGUGAUGUCAUCGAUCUUCCAUCAAUGUCAUCUAUGAUCAGUGAUCUAUGAUCGAUCACAGGAUCUAUGAUCAGGAUCUAGGAUCUAUGAUCAGUGAUCUGUGAUUGAUCACAGGAUCUAUGAUCAGUGAUCGGUGAUCGAUGACAUUUAAGACAAAUUCUGUUUGUGUUUUAUUAACAAGAAUGAAAACAAAUCACAGAUCAAUAAAAAGAGAAAACAAUUGUAAUGUAUUUG